AUGGCCUCCAACAACAACACCAGCAGCAGCAGCCCCACCGACCUGGACAGCCAGGUCAAUGUGGAGGAUUUGCCCAUAACCUUCAAGGUCAAGUACAUUGGCUCGGAGGUGGCGCGCGGCCUGUGGGGCAUCAAGUACACACGCCGGCCGGUCGACCAUAUGGUGGGCGUGGCCAAGAACCUGCCGCCCAACAAGGUGCUGCCCAACUGCGACCUGACGGUCUCCGUGACGGGCGUCCAGCUGGAGAUCAUAUCGCCGAAGGCGAGCAUCAACAACUGGUCCCACCCGAUCGACACGAUCUCCUACGGCGUACAGGAUCUGGUGUACACGCGUGUGUUCGCCAUGAUCGUCGUCAAGGACGACGCCAGUCCGCAUCCGUACGAUGUGCACGCCUUCGUCUGCGACAGUCGGGCGAUGGCCCGCCGGCUGACCUUCGCCCUGGCAGCGGCCUUCCAGGACUACUCGCGACGCGUCAAGGAGGCGGCCGGCGAUGACCAGAUCGAUACCAUAACCCCGGCACGCCAGAAGUUCGCCAUCGAUCUGCGCACCCCCGAGGAGAUACAGGCCGGCGAAAUGGACCAGGAAACGGAGGCGUAG